AUGGCUCCGUCAACAACUCUCAAGGGUGAUCAAUUUGAUUGCGCUCAGUUUGAGGCGCUCGUCAAGCGCAGGUUCUUCUUCUCGGAGUCUUUCGAGAUCUACCGUACCGCACCAAACUUCCAGGGCGAUAACCGCGGCCUCUACGAUUAUGGCCCUCCCGGCUGCGCGUUGCAGACGAACAUUGUCGAUGUUUGGAGAAAGCACUUCGUCCUAGAAGAGAAUAUGCUGGAAGUGGACUGCACCGUCAUCACGCCGGAGACUGUUCUCAAGACAAGUGGCCAUGUGGACAAGUUCGCGGAUUGGAUGUGCAAAGAUCUUGCCAAGGGAGAGUACCUUCGAGCGGAUCAUUUGGUCGAAAACGUGCUGCAAUCUCGUCUCGCCUCAGGCGCCAAGGGCACGACAAAGAAGGACCCAAAGCUUGAUGAGGCAACCAUCAAGCUAUACAAUGAAAUCCUAGCCCAGAUCGACAACUAUGAUGGCCCAGAACUAGGGCAAUUAAUCAAAGAACACGAUAUUCGAAAUCCAGAUGGCAACGGCGAAGUGCAACCUCCGAUCCCAUUCAAUCUUAUGUUCAGAUCCACAGUCGGCCCCAGCGCGGCAGCUCCUGUCUAUCUGCGACCUGAGACCGCUCAGGGACAGUUUCUCAACUUCCGGAAGCUUCUCGAAUUCAACCAGGGAGCAAUGCCCUUCGCUUCUGCAAGCAUCGGUAAAUCUUACCGCAACGAAAUCUCGCCGAGAUCCGGUCUCCUUCGAGUCCGAGAAUUCCUUAUGGCUGAGAUAGAAUAUUACGUUGAUCCCGAUGCGAAGGAACAUGAACGCUUCCAUGAAGUCACUAGUCUUGAGUUGCCUCUCCUCGCCAAACAGACGCAGCUUGAUGGGAAAACCACACUUCGAAAGAUGUCUAUUGAGGAUGCAGUCAAGUCUAAAACCAUUGACAACGAGACGCUUGGCUAUUUCCUUGGCAGGAUCAUGCUCUUUCUUUUGAAGGUUGGUGUUGAUCCUUCCAAGCUCCGCUUCAGACAACAUCUGGACAAUGAGAUGGCACAUUACGCCUGUGAUUGCUGGGAUGCUGAGCUUUUCACGAGCCAUGGAUGGAUUGAGUGUGUUGGAUGUGCUGAUCGAAGCGCAUACGACCUCACAGUGCAUUCGAAUUUCACAGGCUACCCACUAACCGUCAGGGAAUUGCUUCAAACAGGUCCAAUCAGGGUGGAAGUAUGGCAAGCGUUGUUGGACAAGAAGCUCGUCGGACCAAGGUUCAAGCGAGAUGCCAAGGUGGUGCAGGAUAGUGUUGAGGCCUUGGCACAGCCUGUUCUUGAAAAGCUCGCCGCAGAUCUGGAAAUCAAUGGCAUCAUAACUCUUGAUACCAUCAAGCCCCUGGCAGAUGGCCGAUCGGCCGUGGAGCUUUCGAAGGACCUCCUCACAAUUAAGAAGGUCGCUCAUCUUCAGACUACUCGACAAUACACCCCGAACGUCAUCGAGCCGUCGUUUGGCAUUGGCCGUAUCCUCUACUCUGUACUGGAGCACACAUACUGGCAUCGACCCCAGGAUGCUGCAAGGGCUGUGCUGUCGUUGCCACUGGCCGUGGCGCCAACCAAGGUCCUGAUUGUACCUCUCUCUGCCCAACCUCAGUUCGUACCAAUCACGCGCCGAUUGUCUUCUAGACUCAGAGCAUUGGGUAUCUCGAACAACAUCGACUCAUCCAGCGCCUCAAUCGGCAAACGGUAUGCUAGGAACGAUGAACUCGGCACUCCGCUGGGUAUCACAGUGGACUUUGACACAGUCGUGAAUGGGUCCAUCACACUCCGGGAUCGGGACAGCACGGCCCAGCUCCGUGGCUCCGAAGAUGAUGUUUUGAAGGCAGUCAAGAGUCUGGUUGGCGGCAACGAGUCCUGGGAAGAGAUUGCUCAAUACCUGAAACCUUUCUCCACCCUAGAGCAAGAUGAGAGUUGA